AUGCAGCCGAGCAUCAGACAAACGGAUGAGACGACAGGGUCGGUCACAGGACCAGGGGUUUACAAUCUCUAUGAGGAGUUGAUGCUCAAAAUAACUCGGUGGACAAAAACCAAACUUUGUGACCCAAAGGUCCUUGGUUCGAACCCUACCUCCGUAUCUCGACUGCUCCUAUUUGGGCCUGAGCAACCUGGUAGUACCGUAGCCCUUGUGCUUCUUCGGAUGUUAUGGUAG